AUGUACACGGCCUGUACAUUUGUGUAUUUCAAUCAGCCGUCCUUCCUUCCCCUCGCUCCACUCCCUCCUCCCAUCCUGCAAUCACCAGUGCCCGGCUUUGGAACCAUGGCGGAUUUCUUCCCUACUAAAGAGCUCUUCAUGACAAAGCUCUUUGGAGCAGUCAUCGGGCUGAUCGGCAAACUCAACUACACCGUCAAGAUCAAGCCGAACAAUGAAGCGUGCUAUAACGGACCAAAGGCCCUCCCAGCAACCACCCUCUGCUGCGACCCUUUAAAGGUCCCCCGGACGUGUCCUCUCGGCACCAUCAGCUUCAAGGAGAACCCCGAAUUCCGCCCGUUUGUGGGCCGGCAGAUCGACAGCAAGGGCUGCACUGAGAACCCUUCGCUUGCCAUGCUCGGAUCUACCCCUGAUGGGGGGGCUGCAGGGAAGAAAAGCGCUGUUGGUGGCGGUGGGCGGGGGAGGGGGGCCGUGUUGGGGCUUGUACUGAGCUGGUUGGGAGUGUGGCUGGCGUGGGGAGGGUUGUGA